CUCACAGCAUGUUUGAGUUUCUACAGUAGAUCCUGUCGCUGAAGGAAGUAUAAAAUCUCCUCAGCUUUUUUAAACACCUGCCUCUUGCGUGUGAAUAAAAUAUAUUUUUAAUUUUCAUGUGGUUUUGUGAAACUGAGAUCCUCGAAAAAUUAUAUCACUUUUAAAUGAAAAGUAUAAAAAAAUGUGAGAACAUGUAUUGUAAUCUCUCUCAUCCAACGAGUUCACGAGUCAAGUUUUUCUGAAAGAAGCAAAUCAGUCACAGCAAUGGCGGAGAGACAAACUCUCCUCCAGCUUCUGAUCUAUCAGCUCUUUCUUCUGUACAUUGCAUCGGAUGAGGGUUCCGUCGCCUGUUCCGUCAAAGCUCCAGGAAGGCUGUACUUUUCAGAGGUAGCACCAAGAAGCGAAAAUUGGAAUGCUGUUGGAUCGGCUAAUAAUGAAGGCCACGGAUUGGGUAGUUGUCCUAUUUCCUGCUUACCCAUUCACAAAGCAACUCAAGACUUGUCCAAAGAUGGAAUCUCGCAGAAGAGGCUUAAUGGUAAAAUUAGCCAUUCAGAAGGAAGAGUCGCAGAAAAAACAAUGGCAAGAGGAGGUCUUUCAGAUUGGAGACUUUCCGAAUUCGGAACCACAACUAUGACUCCUGAUCUUGAUGCACUGAGUAAUAUGAUGACAAUUGAAAGUGACUACACGGGGCUGCAUUUAGAGAAUGAGAAAGUGACGGUUAAGUUCAUGGAAGACUUGCUAACUGCGUUCAAAGAUCCAAAGAACUUGUGGAAGCGGUGGAAGCCGGCCCUUCACGCUAAAUACGUUUUAAUCAUUUUGCGGGACAUAAAGAAGCACUACAAAAAACAGCCGUCUCUGAUUGAAAUCAAUGUACCGAGGGGCCGAAACAUCACCGUCGUAGGGGAUGUCCAUGCUCACUUCAGUGAAAUAGUUAAAGUGUUCAAUGUUAGCGGUUUUCCCUCGGAGACGAACUACUACCUCUUUAACGGUGAUUUUGUCGAUCGAGGAGAUGACGAUUUGCAAAAUGCGCUCACUAUCUUUGGGUUCAAGCUUUUGUACCCGAAUUCGUUUUUCAUCAACCGUGGUAAUCACGAGGAUAGAAAUCAAAAUUCGUAUGCAGGUUUCGAUAAAAGUUGUAAUAGGAUUUACACCCAGCCGAUAACAGAUGCGUUCCACGAUGUAUGGACAUGGCUACCGCUGGCGCAUCGGAUUAACGAGAAAGUUUUGGUCGUACAUGGAGGUUUGUCGCCGCAUAAGAACGUCACGUUGGACGACAUACGACGAGAGCCGAGGGGUGUCGAUCCGAAAACAUGGUCAGAUGAAUUAUACCUCCUAAGAGAGAGAGAUGAUGUUUUUGAUCUUGAUUUUAAGAAUAGAGUUUACAAACCCGAUGAUAAACUCCCACCACCGUAUCAAAAUGAAAGCAUAAUGUUGAGCCUUCUCUGGGCUGAUCCCAUGGACAAGAAUGGAGUAGCUUUCAAUGGUCAAAGAGGGGGAUGCACACGUUUUGGACCAGACAUAACCGAGAAUUUCUGCAAGCGCAACAAAAUCGAAUUCGUAAUUCGCUCACAUGAGCCAAUUGAUUCACCCUCUUUUGAGGGUUACUACCUGAAACACGGAGGUCGUAUCAUUACCAUUUUCACCGUCGCCGGCUAUUGCCAUCAAGAAAGUAAGGCAGCCAUAAUACAGAUGCAAGCACCCGAUAUGAAGACGCACAUCAUAGUGUGGUCAACAGAAGAAAGACAGGAAGCUUUCGACUCAUUUGUCCACGAAAAAGUUAAACUAAAGUAAAAAUAUUAGGAAUAUAGAAACUGAUACGUUGCAAAAGUAAAUGAGUUCACUUAUAUAUCGGCUUCUAGUACAUCUACGAGUAAGAAAAAAAGUCCAUCGAUAGCGAAGUGAUGUUAACUAUUUAUGUACUCAAUGUAUAUAAUUAAAGCAUGCUUAUAUGUAGAACGCAUUAUAGUAUAAUAUCAUUAUGGUCUGCUUAAGGAUGUAAAAUUGUACCAUAGUAA